UAAUCUCCUGUAACAAAUGGAAGAAUUUGUAGCUGAAAAAACACAGGUCCCUUUUAAAGUUGCUCUGCUUGCUGGUGGAGCAGCUGGGACAGCUGUGGAUGUUAUACUGUUCCCGUUAGAUACCAUUAAGACCCGACUACAAUCAGAAGCUGGGUUCAUAAAGUCGGGGGGAAUUAGAGGUGUUUAUUCUGGUCUUCUUUCCGCAGCGCUGGGAUCUGCUCCUGGCGCUGCUCUGUUCUUUGUAGCGUACGAAACCUCUAAAAGUAUCUAUGGGUCAUUGGUGCAGCAUGAAGGGCUUCAAAGUAUUGGUCACAUGAUGGCUGCAACAUUAGGAGAGGUAACAGCGUGCCUUGUGAGAGUCCCUGUGGAAGUGGUGAAGCAGAGGACUCAAGUUUUCAGCACCUCGUCCUCCCUAGAGUCAUUCCGCUACACCAUGCGGUCCGAAGGCCUGAAAGGCUUCUACAGAGGCUAUGCCAGCACCGUUAUGCGCGAAGUCCCAUUUUCUGUAAUACAGUUUCCUUUAUGGGAGUUAAUGAAAUCCAAAGUAUCAGAAAAGACUGGUCAGCCAGUAACUGCUUGGCAGUCUUCCAUAUGUGGUGCCGUGGCUGGAGGAACUUCUGCGGCAAUAACCACGCCUCUCGACGUGGCUAAAACUAGGAUCAUCCUAGCUAAAAAGGGUUCGACUGUUGCCAAGGGUGAUAUAGGCUUUGUCCUACGACAGGUGAUUCAUGAGAGAGGCCUUCCUGGUCUCUUCUCUGGCAUGGUCCCUAGAGUUGUCUGGAUAUCUAUUGGUGGCUCCAUAUUUCUGGGAGUUUACGAGAAAGUUAAAAUUUGGGCAUCCUCAGUUUUAAAAUAAUUGUGGUGUCUAUGAGUGGGAUCCCCAAAGGAUCUUAGUGCUGAGGCCAAUAUAAGCUUACUGACACCAAAGCAGUAAUGCUGGUUGUACAAUAUGAAUCCCACAAUUGUUUCUGAGACUGCGUCCAUUUGAUGAACUGAAACACCAAACCCAAGAGUGUGAAGUAUAGCCAGAAGCAUAAGCAGGUCAAGUAGAAAUGCUUGCCAAUAGAAUAACUUUGGAAUGUUCCUAUUCAGGCAGCUGCCCUCAUGGAAGCAAUACAGUGCAUACCAUAAAGAAUUAUUUUUUUCUUUCUCAGCCACUUUAGUGUCCUAAAACUUUUUUUUUUCUUUUGUUCAUGUGUAUAUAAAAAAAAUGUAUUGAAAAAAAUAACUUAAUAGCAUUCAGAUUUACCGUUGUAGAUUAAACUUAGUUUUCAUUUAUAUAUAUAUAUUGUAUGUCAUUAGCUAUGUCAUCAUUCGUUUAAGUUUCUAGAUAACAGAUUUUAAGAAGAAUUUCUUUGAGGAUUUUAAAAACAAAUACAGGUUAACUGUCAUUACAGUGCCAAGUAUAAGUACUGUAGGCACUCAACUAGCUUACAUAUUUUGUGUGUGUGUGUUUACCUUACAUUUUGUCAGCUCAACUUUUAAAGAUCCUUUGUCUAAUCCCAAUACAGCUUGCCAAUUUAGCAUAUUACCAAAGCAGAAUUACAUCCUAGAUAAAUUAUCAUCAUUAUUUUUUUUAAACAUACUUUUUGGCUGUAAGAACAACUCUGCUAGCAGAGUGUAGCACACACUAGGUGUAGCUUACACGAGCAAUAAGUACGUCAAUCGACCAAGUCUGUUGGGGACAAAACAUAAGGUUGAUAUUCCAAGGAGUCUGCUUAUACUUGUUUUUGUGGCACCUAGAUUUAUCUUACAUGUUGCUCUGCUAAAAUUCUGUAGGCAUCUUGAGUCUAUAAGAAACAUUUGUAUCUUGAGUUGUCUAGCUUAAACAAACACAAAGUAAUAUGAGCUAGGUGACAUUUCUAAGGUUAUUUUUCUUUUUUUACCAGUUUUUACAUACAACUAUAUGAGUUGCUCUAUGACCUUCCAUGUGUCCACUUUAACAUGGGGACUUAGUUAAUUAAAAAAAACAAAA